CCCUAUCUCUCCAUCUCUCUCUCUCUCUCUCUCUCUCUCUCUCUCUUUCUCUCUCUCUCUCUCUCCCCCCCCUCUUUAGGCACAGCCUACCAGACAGCAACACCAACACCUCUUGACAUGGAAAUGCACUGAUACAAUAGGCAAAAGAAACCACUCGAUUGCAUCUCCCGGUUCCAGGUGGCCUUAUUUGGGCGAUUCGUUCCUGACCUUAUUCCUGUGAUGGAGGAUUCAGGCAUCCAGCGAGGCAUCUGGGAUGGAGAUGCCAAGGCUGUCCAGCAAUGUCUGACAGAUAUUUUUACCAGUGUUUACACCACCUGCGACAUCCCUGAGAAUGCUAUAUUCGGUCCCUGCAUCCUGAGCCAUACUUCCCUGUAUGACAGCAUAGCUUUCAUAGCUCUCAAGUCCACAGACAAGAGAACAGUCCCCUAUAUCUUCCGGGUAGACACCUCAGCGGCAAAUGGUUCUUCAGAAGGUCUCAUGUGGCUGCGACUUGUCCAGUCAGCCAGAGAUAAAGAAGAGCAGAACCUUGAAGCCUAUAUAAAAAACGGACAGCUGUUUUACCGCUCUCUCCGCAGGAUUGCCAAAGACGAGGAAUUACUAGUUUGGUAUGGGAAAGAAUUGACUGAGUUACUCUUGCUCUGCCCCUCUAGAUCCCACAGCAAAAUGAAUGGGUCGUCCCCUUACACAUGCCUGGAAUGCAGCCAACGUUUCCAGUUUGAGUUCCCCUAUGUGGCGCAUCUGCGCUUCCGCUGCCCCAAGAGACUUCACAGCGCUGAUGCCAGCCCCCAAGAAGAGCAAGGCGGCGGCGUGGGCACCAAGGAUCACGGGGGCGGGGGCGGGGGCAAGGACCAGCAGCAGCAGCAUCAGCAAGAGGCGCCCUUGGGCCCUGGCCCCAAGUUCGGCAAAGCCGGCCCCAUCCACCACUACCCCGCCCCUUCCCCCGAGGGCAGUAACCAGCCUGCGGCUGGCAGCGGCGGCGGCAGCGCCAAGCCCUCCACGGACUUUCACAACCUGGCCCGGGAGCUCGAAAACUCGGGGGGAGGCAACAGCUGCUCCCCGGCCCGGAGCCUCGGUAGCGGCGGCGGCCACCAGGAGGCGGAGCUGAGUCCCGACGGCAACGCCAUGGGCGGCGGCAAGGGGAAGAGGAAAUUCCCGGAGGAGGCGGCGGAGGGGGGCGGCGGCGUGGGGCUGGCGGGGGGCCGGGGUCGCUUCGCCGAGCGGCCCCUGCCCGCCUCCAAGGAGGACUUGGUGUGCACGCCGCAGCAGUACCGCGCCUCGGGCAGCUACUUCAGCCUGGAAGAGAACGGCCGCCUUUUCGCGCCGCCCAGCCCCGAGACGGGCGAGGCGAAGCGCAGCGCCUUCGUGGAGGUGAAGAAGGCGGCCCGAGCGGCAGGUCUGCAGGAGGACGCGGCCGCCGACGGCGGGGGCGCAGCCGCCGAGGACCAGGACGCGGGCGGCGGCGGCGGCUCCUCCACGCCCGUGGCCGCUUCACGAGAAAAGUCUCUGAUUCCCCUACUCUUCUUACCACUAGAUACACUUGGUAGCCAGUGUCAUGCACCUUCUCCUGGUCCUCGUGUCCAGGGCUGGGAGAGUAUGGUAAUUAAGAACAGCACCGCCCGGAGGAGACCUUGA